AUGGCGACUGGUCACCGCUCAUAUCGGACUGCUAUUGUGUAUCGUAAUUUCUUUUGUUCCGUCGCAUUCUGGACACAAAAGCGGGCGGUUUGCUUACAGUUAAUUAUCGCUCAACUCUGGCCAAAGAAAUGGAGCGGAUGAUUGAGACUAAAAGAGCGUUAUUGUUCGCAAUGACCCUCUCCGACAAUGAUUCCUUCGUGUGGCCAUUUGAUUUCCUUCGAUCACGCUCAGUAUUGAGCAGCAAACGUCAAUAAUCAUCGCUCACUUCAGUCCGAGAGGUUGUUUAUGGCGAAUAUCAAAGUAUUUGCACGUUUAAAACCAUGUCAAGAUAUAAAUCAGGAAUUGAUCAAGCGUGAAGAUCGAGCAAUUUACAUUUAUCCACCUGGACAAGUUUCGCCGAACGCUUCCACUAGCUGUAUCACGAAUCUACAAGAAUCCAAACCCCUCAGAUUUCGCUUCGUGCACGUUUUCGGUAUGAAAUCAUCGCAGAAGAAUGUAUUCGAUGUAGCCGGAAAGGAUAUUGUCAAACAAUUUCUCGAAGGAUACAAUGGCACAAUAUUUGCUUAUGGACAAACGGGAGCUGGCAAAACUUACACGAUUCAAGGUGAAGGAGUCGAUAGUUCCGACGGGUCUGACUACAAUGGACUAAUCCCUCAAAGUCUGUCGUUGAUUUUUCAAGAUGUUGCCCAUAAUCAGCAUGACACAGUCAACAUUCAUGUGUCAUUCCUAGAAAUUUAUAAAGAGACAGCAUAUGAUCUGCUGGGUCCUCUUCUGUUUAGAGGUUCGAAAAAACCCAAGGAAUUGUCAAAGGUUUUGGUGACAAUGGGUGGAAACGAGUCUUGUCACCUUCAUGGACUAUCUCUUCAUCGUGUGACAUCAGUGGAGGAGGCGACCAAGCUCUAUCAACUGGGUGUGGCAAAUCGAAAGACAGCUGAAACACCUGACAAUCAGAGGUCGUCUAGAUCACAUACUGUAUUUAGCAUUAUGAUAUUCAGGCAGAAGCAUGGCGCAGAGUUAUUUUUAAGGUCAAAGCUGAAUCUGGUUGACGUAGCUGGAUCAGAGCGAAUAUCAAAACCAAGUGCCAAUGAGCAACAUCUUGGUGAAGCGAAGUUCAUCAACCUGUCAUUACAUCACUUGGAAUCUGUGAUCAUUGCCCUGCAGAAAUUUAAUGUGAGGUCCUUGAGAAAUUGCAGUCGAAAGGAACAAACUGGGAAAUGUUCCAAUUGCUGCUCAAGUGCAACUUUGCAGAGAACUAGAAGUGUGGAUGGCACUUCUAGACCAAGACUGAAUGGAAGACUCAUUAGUGCAAGUGCUGUAGAGCUAGGAAAUGGAAAGAACGCUGUUGUUGCAGCAGAUUAUGAGCCUGUUCAGGUUCCCUACAGGAAUUCACUUUUGACUAUGGUUUUACAGGACAGUCUAGGUGGGAAUUGCAACACUGCUAUGAUUGCAGCUUUGUCUGCUGAGGAGAAGAAUGUGUCUGAAACCAUUUCGACCUGCAGAUUUGCUCAAAGAGUAGCGCGAAUCCUGAACAAACCCAUACGGAAUGAAGAGGUUGACAAGAACAUUGUUAUAAGACGUCUUCAGAGAAGGUUGGCAAAGCUCCACCUGGAGCUAGCCAAUUACAAGCACGAUUCAGUCACAUUGCGGUCGGAUGACGAGAGCAGUCUCGAGAACGAACAUGAAUGUGUCGAUGUGAUGCGUUCUUUUCUUGCUGGAAGAAUAAAUGAUCCAGUGGCACAUGGUAUCAACACACCACGAAAGUUCCGCACCUCUCUACGUUACCUGAGACAGAUGGUUGUCAGGUCCAGCCCCCAGGUUAUGAGUGAUGGAGACCAGGGACUGCAGUCCAGUGAUGACAGGGACAGCGGCGUGCGCACAAGCAGUGAACCCACGUCACCGCUGACCAGUGAAGUAGAGAGUGAUGUGCAUUUGGUUUCUAAUUUCAUAGCCCAGCUGCCAUCUCCAGCACCCGACAUGGCUAAUUCAUCGCAACACAGGCAUGUGACCAUAAUCGUCUGGCUUGUAUUCUGCACACAAUACGUGCCUGUUUUUCUGGAUUGCUAUUCGUUGCCUGAUUGCAAAUCCAAAACUACUUAUUUUCCCAUAUUUGUUACAACUGUUGUGUGGAAGGCGCGGUGGCCUCAGCUCGUCUCCGGAUCGAGCGGUCCGGGUUCGAGCCCUGGCCGGUGGUGUUUAUUUGAAGAGGUCCAUCUGCAUCUCCUUGACUCUGAUAUGGUAAAAAAAGGUGGGAAUUGCAACACUGCUAUGAUUGCAGCUUUGUCUGCUGAGGAGAAGAAUGUGUCUGAAACCAUUUCGACCUGCAGAUUUGCUCAAAGAGUAGCGCGAAUCCUGAACAAACCCAUACGGAAUGAAGAGGUUGACAAGAACAUUGUUAUAAGACGUCUUCAGAGAAGGUUGGCAAAGCUCCACCUGGAGCUAGCCAAUUACAAGGAGCCCAUGGGUCAUGGGCUCCUGGAAUCGUUAAUUUCUGGUGCGGCAUCGAAAUCACUUGCAUGGCUAGCCGAGCUUAGCUACUCAUACAAAGAAAGUCAUGAAAGUUCAGAGAGUUAUGGCCGACAUCUGCAUGCAGAAAGAAAGCAGCUAAAAAUAUCAGCAGCAAAUAUUGAAAGCUCAAAAGCUUGCCAAGUUGUCUCAAGUACUUUUCUUCGACCGUCACUGACAGGUAUCAACACACCACGAAAGUUCCGCACCUCUCUACGUUACCUGAGACAGAUGGUUGUCAGGUCCAGCCCCCAGGUUAUGAGUGAUGGAGACCAGGGACUGCAGUCCAGUGAUGACAGGGACAGCGGCGUGCGCACAAGCAGUGAACCCACGUCACCGCUGACCAGUGAAGUAGAGAGUGAUGUGCAUUUGGUUUCUAAUUUCAUAGCCCAGCUGCCAUCUCCAGCACCCGACAUGGCUAAUUCAUCGCAACACAGAUGGAGUAUCACCACCCAUGAGAGCGGCAUUUCAUUGAGCACUGAGAAAGAUGAACCAACACCAGACAGGUCAUUACCAGGCCCCUCUCGUGAGAUGCCUCAGCCGCCAGGGCCUGGGACGAGUGAGGUAUCCACUCAGACUGGUCUACUGAAGACUUGCGAAGGAAGGAAAACUGGACAGAAGGACGUCUGUUUAGGAGAGGGGAGAGUUCAACCCGCUGGCACUGGGCACGAGAAUGUGUUGAUAUGGGAGCUGGAACUGCAGAAGGAGACACUUUUGAACAAAAGCAAAAUGUUUACUUCCCGUUUGGCUGAGCAGCGCGCACGUCUCGUUGUUAUGUUGAGGAGGGGCGACCCUCCCGAAGAAUUACAAAAUGAGAAAAUUGUGGAGUUGCACCUGCAGAAAAAACAGCGGGAAGUGGAGAACAAACUGUCGUUUGUGAUAAAGAAUCUAGCGGAUCUGAAGUAUACUGAUCGUCUAAAACAAGGCCAGACGACAGAGCAGCAGCGUGCGGGAACACAAACCUUCAAGGAGUUGGAACUUAAAGAAAUGUCCACUCGUCAAAAACUACUUUCACGCCGAGAACAGAUGCGAAACCUAAUUGGCUUCUCGAAUACGACGCCGUCCCACCAAGCGGCGCGGUCGACUUCAAGCUUCCGGUCUGGAACUAGUCAUUCAAGUUUGCCAAGGACGUCAUCCAUGACGUCAUAUUGGGAAGAUGGUGGGCGAGAUAGUGGAACCCAGUAUCGCUCUGUAACGAGCUCACCAAUCUUGUCUAUUUCUUCUUCGAAAAGCAAAACCAUCGUUGCCAAACCAGUGGCGUCGAGACGAAGACUGAGCGACACUUUGCCUCAGAUAGGCAAUGUGAAACCAUCUUCUGAAAGUUCUUUGAACUCCAAGAGAGGAUUUUCAAGCCCGGGAAGGUUUUCCGGUAGAAAUAAACGCGGGACGUUGAGAAAUGUAGACACAAACUGCCCGAUUUCUCAUUAUAUGAACAAUUCCCACCAGACUUUGUACUACAAGUCGACAUUUCCUCGUCGUAUUGAGAAUGGUGUGUGUUCUGACUUGCAUGGUACAGAAACUGCACAAAGGGCAAUUCCAAAAAGGCACAAAGCGUACGCAAAUAGUGAAUCCAAGUUUGCAAGAAACUCUUCUAGUGGUUGUCUGCAAUUGAAAGAACAAUCUUCCGACCCCGGCAAGGUGGAAUACGACACGAUAAAGCCAAGCGUGGAAGAUAAGUCAAUUACUGAAAGUGAUGCCAUUGAGGAUCAAGCUGAACGGAGCAAACAGGAAAGCAAAUGCGACCAUCAGUUUGAGACUUUACAGCUGCAAUCUCCUGGCAAAAAGGCGACAAGCAAGUCAGGUGGAAACAUCCCAGGACAUGAUAUCCCCUCUGCGACUUUUCUCAACAGAGAACAGCGCCUGCGAGUGUUGAGAAUUCGCCAACUUGUUAAUGCGGCAGAGGUCAUACAAAGAACAUGGCGUUUGUACAAGAGAAACAAGAACGGCGAAUGUGAUAUAAAAUAGUAGGUUUCUAUGCGCGUCAAACGCUAUCAUUUCAGGUUUUCGUGUUUUAAAUUCGAAGUGGCACUGAAAAGUAAAGUGAGGGCAAAAAGUUAAAAAACAGGGUGUAAGGAAAAUAAAGGGAUGUUGAACAUUCCGGGCACCAGAACUUCCUCCCAGAGUUCGGCUAGUGUUGGUAGGAAGCUUUAGUAAACCAUGACGGCGACGCCAACGAGACCGUCGCCGUGAGCCGAACAAUGGCUCUACACGUGCGUUUUGAAUCGUGGUACAUUUCGUACUCGUCAUCUGCAAAACAACAACGCGAAAUGACCAAAUUCUACGUAUUUUGGAGAACCUGAACCGCAACGGCUAAUUUUUCGUAUUUUCUUUUGGAAUUGAACGCUGUCGUAACAUAUUUAACUUGAACAAGGUUUUAGACCGCUAGACGUACUGACUGAUAGAUCUACACAGUAGCGACAUUCGAAAGUAAAAUGUAAAUCCAUUUUUACAGGAACUCAUCCUCGGCGUUACCGUCAUUGCUUAAGCACCCUAGCGAGAGAGGUUUGGGAGGAGAGUUAUAGAGGAAUGUUUUUUUUUUAGCUCAUGAAAGUCAUAGGGAUUUUCUUUGAAAAAUGCAGACCUGCAUGGUCUUAAACUGAUGUCAUUGUGGCAGCAGUUCAUUGGUGUAGGUGUGAAUCAACUGUACAGGUACUUUCCAUUCAACCAACAAUUCCAGCAAUUUAGGAACGGCUGUGAAGGGCGUGAGAGUUUCUUGGAAAGGUUGCCAGAAAAUCCGAAUACUUGUGAAGUUUUGAAAUGGAAACUAACCGAGCGAAACUUCCAGAAAUCGAAUUUGAAUUGAACGGAGAUUUCUGAAAAAAAAAAAAAUAGUAAUAAUAAUAAAAAAAUAACGACAAUUACGUGUAUUAAAAGGCAAGCUUUUCGAGGUUGUCUUCUUUAUGAGAAAUUGUGGAAAAAAAUAUUUUCUAUUCUAGCCUAGUGAACAAGAAAUUGCUGUCUCGUUCCCGAAUCCACCGAAAAUUUUAGGAGUUUCAAAGCGGAAUUUUGGUCAGAUAGAAAGCAUCUUAUAGUUAAACAUAGUAAUUCUUCAGAUGGUAGCCCUACGUUUUGAGCCUCGGGGCUACUGCGGUAAAAAAGUUAUUUAUUCCAAGUAAAUAUAUUUUGAAACGAAUCUUAAACUAUAAAGGGGUUUCUUUACACCGGUCAGGAAUUGGGUUAUAAUAUGAAGUUUAUUUUUAAAGCGGUCUUUUCCAACUAGCGGAGAGUUAAGUGGAAUAAGAAAAAGCAGACGACGAAGUAAACAGAUUACUUCCCAUCCUUUUUCACUUUAACAUUAACUUAUUAGAGGAUUCAUAUAUUAAAGCACAUUACACUAAGUUAUUGUACGUAGAAAUAAAUAAUUUGAGGUAAAAAA